CGCGUGCGGGGGGAAAAGGUGGCGGCGGCGCGGGGGGGGGAAGGGCGAGGGGAGGCGAUAAGUGCGCGUGCGCACUGCGGGCUGGGUUGCAGCAGGCAGCGGCGGCGGCGGUUGAGCUCGCGGCGGUUUUCGUAACACCUGAUCCACCAUGGCUGAUGACCUAGACUUCGAGACCGGCGAUGCCGGGGCCUCCGCCACCUUCCCCAUGCAGUGCUCCGCUCUCCGCAAAAAUGGCUUUGUGGUGCUCAAAGGGCGUCCCUGCAAGAUUGUGGAGAUGUCGACCUCCAAGACCGGCAAGCACGGGCAUGCCAAAGUGCAUCUUGUUGGCAUAGACAUCUUCACCGGGAAGAAAUACGAAGAUAUCUGCCCUUCAACCCACAACAUGGAUGUGCCCAAUAUUAAGAGAAAUGACUUCCAGCUUAUUGGGAUCCAGGAUGGGUACCUCUCCCUGCUCCAGGACAGCGGAGAAGUGCGGGAGGACCUGCGCCUUCCUGAGGGAGACCUGGGCAAGGAGAUUGAACAGAAAUAUGACUGUGGCGAAGAAAUUCUGAUCACCGUGUUGUCUGCAAUGACCGAGGAAGCUGCGGUUGCUAUUAAGGCCAUGGCUAAAUAAAGGAACCACAGGGCAGCAGCAGCUCUACCUUGUUAUGAACCAGAGAGGAUCGCAACCCGCAGACUGGCUCGAUUUGGCUCCAAACCACCCAAAUCUUUUUUUUUUCUCUCUCCCUCUUCCUUUAAAAAGCAAAAUCUCCCCCCCACCCCCUUUU